GCAAAGUUAAGCUUUCGCGGGCCUCCAACUUCCCGGGGCUUUCGAAGGGGUGGGGGUGGGGUGGGGGACAUUUCUGCUCCUGCCUUUGUCCUUCUGCGGCGGCGCGGGCAUCCAGGAUGCUAUCCUAGCAAACCGAGAACUUUGUCCCGGGGCGGGGGGGCAGCGGCAUGCCCCCUAGCGUCGGAAUGCGGCACGUCCCUUCGUUCUCGGCGCUUAUAAAGUCCAGGGCUGGGAAGCGCUGGGAAUCCGCUAGUUGAGUUUUCGAGCCCUUGGGGCUUCCGGGCCGGGGGAAGCGGGGGGGGGCAGUUUUCUAUUUUCGCCCGUUCUCGAGUUGGAAAACAAACUUUUUUGGAGGGGAUCUGUGCGCGCCGCUUCCAUCACAGCAUGGGACAAGCGUUGUUCAUCCUCCUGUUAACAUCAGCAAUCUCACUCCUUGGAGGACUGAUCUUUGGAUAUGAACUUGGAAUCAUCUCAGGAGCACUGUUGCAGCUGCAGGAGGUUUUCCAUCUUCGUUGUAUUGAGCAGGAGGUCCUUGUGAGUGCCUUACUCAUUGGAGCUCUCAUAGCUUCUUUGGUUGGAGGAAUCUUUAUUGAUCGGCAGGGAAGACGGAAAGCAAUAUUGCUCAGCAAUGCAGUUUUGCUGUGUGGCAGUCUCAUCCUGACACUUUCUAGGUCACUUAUUUGGCUGGUGGGUGGGCGCCUGACUGUAGGUUUUUCCAUUUCUUUAUCAUCUAUGGCAUGCUGUAUAUAUGUCUCUGAAAUGGUGGCUGCCCAUCAGCGAGGACUUUUGGUAUCCCUUUAUGAAGCUGGCAUCACUAUGGGCAUCUUACUUUCGUAUGCACUGAAUUAUAUCUUUACUGACACACCUGAGGGAUGGCGAUAUAUGUUUGGCUUGGCUAUUGGCCUAGCCGUCAUCCAGUUUGGCAACAUCCUGUUCCUCCCCAACAACUCCAGGACUUUCAAGGCACGCCACAGUGUGACUCAUAGUAACCUCAUUCAACCUCAUGAGACUGAAGAUGGUGAAGACAUAGCAUUGCCAUGCCCCGUGGAGAAGGAUUAUUCUCUUGUAGAUCUCUUCAGAUCAAAGGACAAUAUGAGAAACAGGACUUUGGUUGGUCUAGGAUUGGUUCUCUUUCAACAGUUCACUGGACAGCCCAAUGCCCUCUAUUAUGCAUCGACUAUCUUCCGUUCUGUAGGAUUUCAGACGGAUUCCUCUGCUAUCCUAGCCUCUGUUGGUCUAGGGGUGAUGAAGGUGAUCGCAACUCUGUUUGCCAUGUGUUUUGCAGAUAAGAUUGGCCGAAGGGUAUUGUUGAUGGCUGGAUGUUUGGUGAUGGCUUUUUCAGUUAUGAUUAUUGGCCUGGCCAGCUGCUCUGUUCCAUUAGAUAUGGUUAAAGACUGUGAAACACUCAUAGAUUCAAACAAUACUUCCUUCAGUUCACCUCCUCUUCACAUAAAUUCAGUUUCUCCCCAACCAGCUGCUUCCCAUUUUUUAUUGACAAAAGAUACUAGUGAAAUAAAAGUUGAAUCAACUUUUGCUAUCAUGAGACCAGCAAUCAAUGCUAAAAUGCUUAUCAAUAAUAAAAGUGGAGAAAAAGGAGCAACCAUUACAUUAGAAACUGAGCAAACUCCAUUUCUCAACCAAUCACUGAAAGAAAAAGAACAGGAUGCCAAUUCUUCAAUCAGUGGGACUUCUUCCAAACGGCACUUGCUUCUAAACUGGAUUACACUCCUGAGCUUGAUGGCUUUUGUAAGUGCAUUCUCAAUUGGAUUUGGUCCAAUGACAUGGCUUGUCCUCAGUGAGAUAUAUCCAGCUAGCAUACGAGGGAGAGCUUUUGCAUUCUGCAAUAGUUUCAACUGGGCUGCCAAUUUACUGAUCAGUCUUACAUUCCUUGACGUCAUUGAUGUCAUUGGCUUGUCGUGGACUUUCCUUUUCUAUGGACUGGUAGGAUUGGCAGCUGUAUUAUUUAUUUAUUUAUUUGUACCUGAAACCAAAGGACAGUCUCUGGAAGAGAUAGACCAUCAGUUCUCAAAGAAGCGGUUGCUGCAAAGGAAUACAUGCUGGCACAAACUAUGGAAAAGAAGAGAAAUCUACACACGUGCUCAAUAUCAAAGAGUAGACCAUUCUAAUACUUCCUGAAAAAGGAGCCAUCUUGUGAUAUGACACAUGGUUAUCUAUAUCAUGCUGGAAGUUUUAUGGUGACUUUCCCAAAGAAACAAAUUCUGGACCAUUUCAUGAAAACCUUGUAUUUAUGUGGGUGACAGUAUAAUUCUUUUUUAAAAUAAAUAUGCAUAUUUUGUUAUAUGUAGAAUCUAGCACUCCAGCCCCUGGAGGAAGAAUAUCUGAUAUAUUCAUAUAUUUUAUAAAUAUUUGGUAAAUAAAGUACAUUUGAGCCUCUUGAUUGGAUAGUUUGAUAUAAAGUACUGGGUUUUUUUUUCAACUUAAUGGCUUUUGUUUAUGCUAAAGGAGAUGCAUUUGUAUCUCCAAAACAUUUGGAAAAAACCUCCUCCUUCAUCUAUUUUCCAAUACCUCUUUCAGUUUCUGGGUAAGUAGCAUCCUCCCUCUCCAGACAAUCCAUUGGGACCUGAUUAUGCUAAACAGUAAGUAAAUGCUGACUUUUUUAGAAAUCAGACAGCAGAAUGUCAGAAAAAAAACACGCAAAAAUUUAUAGAAUCAUCUCAUUGCUUGCAUAGGCUACAUCUGAUCAACACUGUGAUUAUAUUUUGAAUUUCCAUAGAAUCAAAAGUAAGCACUAACUUCAUUUUGCUCUGUACUCCAUCUCAAAAUGAAUGAUUGUUACCACCUAAAUAUAGAAAAAAGAGUUCCUGUACUUUUUAAAUUCAUUUCUGAUUUGUGUAAAACAUUAUUCAACCUGCCAAAUGUAUUUCACGGUUCUAUUUUGUGAGUGAAGGAGUGGCUUAGAUAGUUAUGCAAUCAGGAUUAAAUGGUACAACUCAAAUUAUGGUUUAUAACAACUAACAUGCAGCAUGGAACUUAGCAAAGUCAUCUUCUUGUCUCUUGCUGUCUUAUCUAUUCUUGGAAUCACUAUUCAAUUCAUUGGACCAGGUAACUCCAAUGUGUGAGAUGCUACUGAUUCAGGAACCCACUAUAUCUGUUGAAGUAGAAUAAUUUAUUUUAAUAUAGAAAUCUGGCAGUCCUCGUAUAGGAUUUUAAUAUUUUAUGCUUUCUAUUUCCAGUAAACUUUUAUUUGUAAUUCAAGUGAAGAGGGUUGAUUAGGAUUUCUUUGCAUCUUUAAGGGAUUGCUUCUCCUACAUGACUAAAAUGUACAGAAACACCGUGGCUACGUUUAUUGUGUUUAUGGGAUAACAGUAAAAGUACAUUGUAUUGCCUCUGAUUCUCAAGCAGUGAAGUAGCCUGCACUUCUACAAACUCUAUGAAUAAAGAAAAGGAGAGGUGAAAGCCUAUUUUGGUGUUUAAAUUCUAUGCUUCUUGGCAUAUUUUGCAGAGAAAUUGAGACAAUAUUUUUUUAAAAAACCUCAUUCUUCUGUUAUCUAUUGACUAGCAAUGAGAUGCAAAUUAAAGGUGAAAAACUAGCCCAAAAUUACUUCGGGGAAUAGUGAAUGAACAGAUUUUCUUUGCUUCAGAAGAGGACAGAAAAGUAAUACCUUCAUUAAAAAUGGAUUAUCCAGCUAGAACAGAAGCUAAAGAAGACAUGAUGACCUGGAUGAUAUAGCCCUAGAGAAAGAACAGCAAUCAAUGGAGAAGUUGAAGUUGUUGCCAUUUCAUCCAUCCCUCAGAAUGACCAAUUUAAGCCACUUUUAACAAGAUAAUUUGGUUCAAAUACAUUCUCCGUUAAAACUGCAAUCAACUAAGUAGCCUUUAUCAUACAGGCAACAUAACUGAUGAUAAUAUCAGAAAGAAGCCUUUGGCGUGCGGCUACAAUUUAAACUUUAAGAAAGCAGGACAUUCUUUUGUCAUUUAAGCAUAUAUGGGAGGUGAAGUAUCCUUUUUGUUACAGAUGUUUAGUGAAGCACUUUUGUCACAAACUUCAAAAAAUAACUAUGAAUAUACACACACACACACACACACACAAACAAAAGGGAUCUCAGAGGAAAUGGCAGCCAUCUUGUAUCCAGUACUUGAAUAAAAAAGCAAAAGCAACUGGAAGAUUUCCCUGGGGAUUAAUAUCAGCCUUGGUUGGGAAUUGUGUUAUAGAAUUUAUUUUUCAGAUCUGCUGUGUGCAGAUUUCUCAGAUAGGGUUCAGGUGCCUCUUUUCAUUCUACUUCCUAUUUUAUAAUCUCUGCCACAAAGCUUAACUUUGGUUGC